UUUCAUAGCCACAGUAUUUUGCAACUUAAGCAAAUAUACAGAAAGUUGUCUGGUAUAUAAAAGCCCCAAGAGUUGGUGUGACAUUUCAAAGAUCUCAGCUCAGAAAUGGCCUUCUUGUGGAUCCUGUCGUGUCUUGCUUUCAUCGGGGCAGCCUAUGGCUGUGGUGUUCCUGCCAUCACCCCUGUCAUCACCGGUUACUCCAGGAUUGUGAAUGGAGAGGAGGCAGUGCCACACUCAUGGCCCUGGCAGGUGUCUUUGCAGGACUCUACUGGCUUCCAUUUCUGUGGUGGCUCCCUGAUCAGUGAGAUGUGGGUUGUGACUGCUGCUCAUUGCAAUCCAAGGACCUCUCAUCGUGUCAUCCUGGGUGAGCAUGAUCGUUCUUCCAACGCUGAAGCCAUUCAGGUCAUGGCUGUUGGCAAGGUCUUCAAGCAUCCUAACUACAACAGCUUCACCAUCAACAAUGACAUCACUCUGAUCAAGUUGGCUACCCCUGCUCAGCUCAGCAUGCAGGUGUCUCCCGUGUGCCUUGCUGAAACAAACGACAACUUCCCCGGAGGAAUGAAGUGUGUGACAUCUGGAUGGGGCCUGACCAGAUACAAUGCCCCUGAUACCCCUGCUCUGCUCCAGCAGGCCAGUCUGCCUCUGCUCACCAACGAUGACUGCAAGCGUUUCUGGGGUAGCAACAUUACUGACCUUAUGAUCUGUGCUGGUGCCUCUGGUGCCUCUUCUUGCAUGGGUGAUUCUGGUGGUCCUCUGGUCUGUCAGAAGGAUGGCGCUUGGACUCUGGUUGGUAUCGUGUCAUGGGGCAGCAGCACCUGCUCAACCAGCUCGCCUGGAGUGUAUGCUCGUGUCACUAAACUCCGUGCCUGGGUUGACCAGACCAUUGCUGCUAACUAAGCGAGCUGUUGUGGUUGAUACAUUUCAGACAUAAAGUUAAUCAAUAAAGAAAAACAAUAAAAAAAAA